AUGGAAACUUUUUCAGAUUCUGAAACUUCCACCACUUCAACAGACAAUACCCCACGUAGUGUCACCUUUGCAUCUACUGAAAUACCAUUUCGCCCUCGAAUUUUGCCUAGCCAAGUCUCGGAUGAAGGGGUAGUUUUGGAAGAAAGUGGUUCCAAAGAAUCGGGAUUGAAUGAAAUGUCAUCAAGCAAUCAAAUUGAUCCAGAAGCCAUUGCAGCCUCUACAAUUGAUGAUCCAUCUUCAUCUAAUCGUCAAAGUGAGGAUGAUGUGGAAGUGAAAGUGAAACCUAGUGAAGAGAUAUCAUGUGUUCCUGAUAGUUGUUCUUUACUUAAAGAAGAGUUAACAGAUGAUGUUCUUGAGAGUAAAUCUGAUAGGGAUUCAGAUGAAAUAGAAUCAAAGGAUGAUAGCAAUAGUGACAAUAAUAAUAAUAAUAGUAAUAAUAAUAAUCUUCCUAUUCUUGAGGAUGAAAAAGAACCAGUUAAUGAUUCAGUUACUAAUCCUGAUGACAUUGAUGAUAAUGAAAGUAAGAGUCUUUCUACUUGUGAAGAUACAGAAUUAGAUGAGAGAAAAGUCGAAUCUUUCAACUCUGAAAUUGAAGCUUUGACUUUUGUUGAUGAGAAGGAUGAAGAUGCUGAUGCUGAUGAUGAUGGUGUUUCUGGUGAGAAUGGUCCAGUCAUUGAUGAUUCCGAUGAAUCUGUUGGAAAGCAGGAAUCAGUUAUUACUCCGGAGUUGGAUUCCAUUCCUUCUGAAUCUGGUGAAAAGAAGGAACCAGAUGUUUCUACAGAGUUAGACUUGGUUCCUUCUGCAGCUUAUGAUCAUUCCAACAUACAAUCUCUUGAUUCAAUUCCUACGAAUGAAACCAAUAUUGAUAACCCAUCUGCAAAUUUAAAUGAACACGUAAUUGUUCUUGAAAAAACAGUUGAAAAUGGAGAUGUUCAACUUCAACCAGAUCUGGACUUUGAAUCCAAUCAAGAUGUUGUAGAAUCUAAAUCUACAAACAACGAAAGCUCCUUUUUGGAAAAUGGACAAGAGUUUCAAGAACCUGUUUAUGAAGAACCAUCUUUUAAUUAUCCAUUAGCUCCAGCGUUUACUGAACUCAACAUGCUUCCACAAUUAUCACCUCCAAUCAACCUGGAGGAGAUGCCACCAUUGCCGCCUCUUCCACCUAUGCAAUGGCGGAUUGGAAAGCUUCCCAACAAUGAUGAUCAACAACAAAACCACUUCCCACCACCUUUUCCUCAAAUUCCGAGUCCCCCAUCACUACUAGAUCAUAAUGAAAAUGCAGAAAACCAUAAUAAUCAUCAAGACACUGGGAGUUCUCAUCAAGUGUUAUCAACUGAGUCAAGUUCACACACAGAUGAAGGUGGGAAUACAGCAAAAGUUGCAGAAGAACAGAUUAUCAUACUCCCACAACCACCACCAACUGAUGUGGAAGAACAACAAUCUCAAAAUGUUUCAACUUCUGGACAAGAAUCUUUUAGGCAAUCAAAUGUUUCUUCAAUUCAUGAAGGUGAUGAUGAUGAUGAAAGGCCAAAUGGAAUUGGAAUUCGGCCUAUGAAAGUUCAGAGACCUCGUACGCCUCUCAUUGAUGCAGUUGCUGCUCAUGACAAAAGCAAGUUGAGGAAAGUUUCGGAAAGAGCAAGACCUGAAAUCCAAGAAGAAGAGGAAAGAGACACUUUGUUGCCAUUGAGGAAGGUUUCAGAAAGAGCAAGGCCUCAAAUCCCAAAAGAAGAAGAAAGAGACACUUUAUUGGAACAAAUACGCGCUAAGUCUUUCAACUUGAAGCCAGCUGUCCAAACUAGACCCAUCAUUCAAGGUCCUUCAACCAAUUUAAGGGUGGCUGCCAUUUUAGAGAAAGCAAAUGCAAUUCGCCAUGCGUUUGCUGGAAGUGAUGAAGAUGAAGAUGAAGAUGAUAGUUGGAGUGAAUAGUGAUUUCAUGAACAUCAAAUUGAUGCAAAAUACCAAGAUUCUCCUUACAUUUCUUCUUCACACUCCUCCAUUGUAGUUAUUUACUUUUUUUUUUUUGGGUUAUGAUGGUCUUGAAUUCUAUCUAUAGGAAGUUAUGAUAAGCUGUAUUAUAAUAUAUAUGCUUGCUGUAUCACCAUAUCGUGUAUAGAUUUUUUAUUCCUUUUUGUGACUCUGAUUUUACCUGUUUGUCCUUUUCAUGGAUGUUACUUUGGCCAUAUACGAGAAGUGCAAUUGUGUAAUUUAUCUUCUAGUUCUUUCGAUUA